CUCUCUACAGUCGUUCACAGACUUCUGCCUCUACAGGAAUGUAAGCUAACCACUUUCUCCACUUCGCCAUGAAAACACGGUGAUUUCAUACGAAAACCGGCAGCCACAGAAACCAUGUCACGCCAUAAUGCGGUUAACGGAUGCAAACUGGUCGCUGUGGUUCUUCUUUGGUUCGGUUCCUCUGCUGCAGACAAACACACAAGUCGUGCUCAUGCAGCAGAGCACCAGGAGCACACCGCACACAGCUCUGUUGGAUUGGAGGACGUGGCGUUAGUGAUCCAGAGUCAGAGGAACUCUUACCACGCCCAUCGAGCCGGGCAGAGGAAGGAGGAGAUCCUGCAGCAGGCUGCUCAACUGAGACAGGGAGUUCCAGUUGUUCUUCUUCUCCAUGAGCUGUCAGAGUAUGAAGGAGAUUGGAGUAUCCUCCCUGUGCUUCCUCAUCUCUAUGCCAAUUAUGGCCAAUCAGCAUCCUGGUUUUUCUUCAUAGAGGAGGAAACCAGAGUCACACUGCCUGCUCUGCUGCAGGUCCUCCGCAGAUAUCAAGCCCAAAAGGAAUGGUUUUUGGGUAAGCAUCUCCAUGACAACGAGGCCUCCAUCAUCCACCACUAUGCCUUCUCUGAAGACCCUGGUUCCUUUAGCUACCCUGACCCUGCAGCAGGCUGGGCUCUCAGCACCCCACUGCUCCAGAGACUCGCUGAACGGAUCCAAUACGAGCAUCUGAAGUCAGAUUUUACCAUCGACUUGAAACAUGAGAUUGCGUUGUAUAUUUGGGAGGAAGGAGCUGGUCCAAAGCUGACAGCAGUUCCAGAGUUUUGCACAGAGAGAAGAGAAAACUGUGCUACGACAUUUACAACCUACCUUCCCAACUGUGGUGAUCCAGUGUCGAAGAAAGAUGUAUUUGUUGCUGUGAAAACUUGCCAGAAUUUCCACUCAGACCGAGUAUCAGUGGUGAAAGCAACCUGGGAGAAAGACGCUGAGUUUUUAGAGUUUUACAGCGACGUCACUGAUGCCUCCAUACCCACAAUCAGUCUGGGAGUGCCCAAUACUGAGAGAGGACACUGUGGAAAGACAUUUGCCAUCUUAAGGCGCUUCCUGAGCAAAGCUGUGCCAAAGGCUGAUUGGCUACUCAUUGUUGAUGAUGAUACACUCAUCAGUUUACCCAGGUUGCGGCGACUGCUGCGUUGCUAUGACCCAAAAGAUGCAGUGAGCCUGGGGGAGAGAUACGGCUACGGCUUGAUUCAGAACGGAUACAGCUAUACCACAGGAGGAGGAGGGAUAGUGCUCAGUAGGGCGGCGGUGUCCAGGCUCGUUUCCAGUGGUUGUAGCUGCUACAGUGAUGAAGCUCCUGAUGACAUGGUGCUUGGCAGGUGCUUCACGUCCCUGGGUGUUCCCAUCACACACAGUCCGCUGUUCCACCAGGCCAGACCAGACGACUACUCUGAGACAUUGAUCUCCUUGCAACAGGCCAUCUCCUUCCACAAGCACUGGAACAUAGAUCCCGUGGCUGUCUACAAACACUGGCUCCAGGACACACAUCCACGAGAUGAACUUUAGAAGUAAAGUGUGUAUGUAAAGUGAAUGUAUACUGAUCAGUAGACAAUUAAUUCAGAUUUGCAGAAGAGCAAAGAAGCAGCCACCACUACAGGAAAUGUAAUAGCCUAGCUACUGUGGAGGUACCAGGCAAACAGUCCCUGAAACAUAAUUCUUGUGAGCUUUUAUAUCUGCAUUGAUAAAUAUUUUUGAUAUCAACAAUAAUUCAAAUGACUGUUUGCAAUUGAAUUAUCACCCAAGAAGUCUCCACAGAUCCUUUUGUUUAUUGACCUGACACCGGCUGUAUGAUAGAGUCAGAGCAAGAAAACAAAGGAAACUUGCUGAAUGGAUGCUAAUACGCCUCUGCUGUAUGUGUAAAGGUGAUUGUUUGCUAACCUGUUAGCCAUAACAGCUGUAUAAGCCAUGGGUAUAAGAAUAUCGGCGUGUCUGUCAGCCUGUUUUGAGGUUUUUUUGUCCCGUAGUGGCCGAUUACUGUAAUGCAGCUUUAAUGGAAUCAGACAUUUUCAAAAUUUAAAGUGAAGUUAGCUACUGAAAUCCGCGCUGAAAAAAAAAGACUUAAGGGCAAAUCACUGCAGGCACGGCCACUUCAAAGACACCUUGGCACAGCGGUUUGGGCAAAACAGGUGGUGCGCCUGUGGAGCGGGACUGUAUGCGUAACUGGGUAGAUUAAAUAUAAGUGGGGGAAAAAAUUGAUUCAAGCAGAUGGUGAGAUCUUUUCAUUGCUGUCUCUCAAAGACAAGUAACCUACAUGAAACUAUCACAACAUGAGCUAUGAAUUUCCCUUUUCCCUCUUGUAUGCUUCGUACCUCUCACAUCUACCAGCAUUGAAACAAGAAGGAAGUGGUAAAGUAGUAAACGCCCACCUCUGGCCUGAUUCGAUUGGCUGCCUGGGCCAUGUGUGACAUUGAUGAGAGGUGUGACUCUGUGCUUUGCGCUGAAAAGUUGAGCAUAUUAGGUUUUCCUGCCCCAAAAAACUACGCAUUUCUAGCGACGCAUCGUGGUGUGAUCGCCCCUCUAAGAGUCGGUAGUAUCUCUUCAGGGCUUUGAGCUAUAAUGCGAAGAAGCUGACAUACUUAUGUUUACCGUGGUUAGCACGUAGUUAAGUAUGUUAGCAUGCUAACAUUUGAUUGUUGGGAAUUGUAUUAAUUUUACAGAUAUUUGGUCAUAAAGCAAAGUACCAUGAAUUUCUGUACCAUACCAACAUUUUGAGAAUCAAUCCUAUAAUUAUUGCGAUAUUUGUACCAAAGUAGCGGACUGAUUGACUGACGUGAAACUAGUGUUGCCAAAAACAGUAGGAGCACUUUCAGGUUUUUCUUAUGUCAAUGGCAAUUAGAGGGACUGCACACUGAUUCAGCAUUAAACCACUGCUUCUUUGGAAUUGUGAGAGUGGAUGUGUCACUGCUGUCACUUUACCCCCAAACUACAUUUGAACCAAAUCAUAAACCAAUAUGUUUAAUGUAGUUUUAUGUUUAUGUGUUAUAAUUUCUAACCUAUUUCUUGUUUGGGUAAUUAAGUGUAACAGUGAGAAAUGGUAAGAAUGAUUUGUGCUGUAUUGGUGAAGAGACAUCCAAUUUCUAUUUUAUUGUAUGAAUUUAACCAGGCAAGUCCCCUCAGAUCUGCCAUGACAGCAGCAUAAAAAGUGCCAAACUUGACAAUACAACAGCUAACAUGAAAUACUAAAAAACAGAUAAUAAUAUUAAGAAGGCUAAAAUAAACUAGGAAUACAGAAAAGUAACAAAGGAGUCACCAUAGAAUUUGAUUUUACUUAGACAUAUCAGAUUCCUCAAUUUAAGUUAAAUUUUAACUGCCAACCAGAGAUUACCAUGAACAUUUAUUUCAGUAAUAUUUUUAAUAUAUUGUGGUCAUGUCACUUCCAGACGAAUGCACUUUUAAAAGAUAGAAUGACAUUUGUGGAUAUAUGGCACAAAUGAGUUAUAUAUAUAUUUCUCAAAAUGUCAAACUCUUCCUUUAAAGCUUAAAUUUUUAUAAAUAUUUAUAUUUUUAGUAACUCUGAAACUGACUUCUGCGUGAAAGGUUUUGUGUACAUGUUUUAUGUAUUUGCCACAUUGGAAUAUGAUUGGGUGAAUGAGUUUAAUAGAAUUUCGUUUUUGGUCUGUGGAGAGCAAAACUGUGUACGUUACUGAGUGUCCACAUGUAUAAGAGCGGGAUUACAACCGCAGCUGGCAAACCUGCAUUAAAAUGCCAUUCUGCAGCUGUGUUUGUGAAUAUUUAAAGGUUUGUUUGUGCUUGCUGAAAAACUGUUAUUUCCUUAAAUUAAAUGAGAUUUUUUAAAUCAUUUCAAAAUAAAUAUUCAUU